UGGAGGGUAUGGGCUCUGGUGGGUCGCGCAGUCAGUCUCUGUUUUGAAUGUAGCUGCUUGUGUAAGUGCUGUGCAGUUUUCUGGGUUUAUGGAUUCGCUGACUGUGGAAAAUGUACUUCUCUAUAGUGGUCCUUGUCCUGACUAAGGCUCUGGUCACAGAGGUAUGUCAUGCCCUGAAUGUGACAGUGGUCCCUGGGCCUGUUGUCAUGGUAACAGAGAAAGACAAUCUGACACUGUCCUGCCUGGUAUCUCAGAGGAAGAGGAGCAACAGUGUCCUCAUCCUCCGCUGGUUCUUUUCUCCCCUGGCUGUUCCCACUCUCACGCCUCCUCCACCUCCUCCACCUCCUCCUCCUUCUCCUCCUCCUCCUCCUCCCUCUGCACCAUCCCCCUCUACUUCUACUGCCCUCGAGCCCUCGCAGUUUCUGAUUGUGAGGAUGGGCAUAAAAAAAGGGAAGCUGUAUGGGAACUACACCCACCUUUUCCCUCAGCCAAAGUUCCGUCUUUAUGAGGAAGAAGAGGGAGAGGUGUACCGGUUGUGGAUUUUCAGUGUGACGGGGAUGGAUCAGGGUUUCUACACCUGUAGGGUGCAGGAGAUCCGCAAACAUAGAAACACAUGGAGAGCAUCAUCCAAUGGUACCAGCACCACACAGCUGACAGUGCACUUUACUCUUGAGGACGGUAGCAGUGAAGGAGUGUGGCGUUUAUUUGCAGACGUGUAUGUGUGUGCUGUGCUGAUCUGCUCACUGGGCCUGCUGUCCAUCUUUCUGUUCACGCUGGUCCUCAUCUGCCAGUACUUUUACAGGAGACACAGACUCAAAGCCAAUUACCUUCUGGUCAGAUGUCCAGAAAGCAGUUCAGGAGAGACUGUAACCAGCUCCAGCAGUUCAUCGAGUUCUCCCCCAAGAACAAAAAGGAAAGACACAAGACAGAAAACUGACAGAAAAGUCGUCGUAAAAUCACCUGAAGUCCCAGAGGAGCCACUGCCACACAUACCAACCAAAGUUGCUGCGAAGAGACCACAGAAGCCCAGAAGGUUAAAGACUCAGCCAAGGAGAUCUGCCACUCCUCGAGUUACACGAGUAUUACAAGACGAUAGUCUGACAUAUGCAGAGCUGGAGCUGGUCAGACCAAGGCCGGAGCCCCCAGCCUCCUCCAGCCCUGACCCCACAGCCUCCAGCCCGGACACUGUGUAUGCUCAGAUCCUCUUCCAGGAGAAACAGCUGUAAACACAGCAGCUUUAGACACAUGGACGUCAUGGAACCUCCUGGUGAGGGUAGAGAUACAGUUCUCCAAGCUGAAUUGGAAUUGGCAUCCAAAGGACUAUAUUUAUGAACUAUCAAUAUGGCAUUUAGCAUUUGAUUUGUGGCUGUAAGUAUGCUACAACUGUUGGUAAAUGGGAUGAGGGUUUUGUGUUUCCUCUGAGCGGCUCCGUUCCAGCACAGCGGUUUUUGGGUCUUAUGAUUCUGUUGUUUUGUUUGUUGCCAUCGCUGGCCUGUGAGCCAGAUGUUUAAUACUCUGACUGUUAGGCUAACUAUUCUGUAUAAACUCAGGAGACUCUGUGGAAAGAAAUCAUUGUCCAGGCUCUUUUACUGCAGUGUCAUGAGGCACUGUAACACUUGCCUUUUUAAAUGCAUUUAUAAUUACAGUACUACUAACACACCGAUUUAAUAAAUAUAUGCCUGGGUCUGACAUUCAAAGAGUCUUUGCUUUGCAUAAAUCUUGUUUAUAUAAAUGUGUUGAA